AUGGGCUGUUCUUGUUCAAAAUCGAGGAAGGUGGGCGUCGUUGGAGAGCGACGCCCGAUAAGAGUCAUCUCGAAUGAAGAUUCAACAGGUCUUAUGGUGCAAAACAACGACAGAGCUGAUGCCAUAAAAGUGGAGAAGAGAACCCUGGCACCCCGUAAAAAGAAAGACCUCAUCCCUGACGUCAAAGUGUUCAAAGACUUGGACGAACGCGCAGUUCAGGGUCCCGAGGGCCAUGCUACCAUCAAGGAGCUAGUCCUCUACCUAAUCAAGACUGCCAAAACGCCUCUGGAAAAGGCACGGAUCCUGUUCCGCUGGGUGACGUCACACAUCCAGUAUGACGUAGUGUCCUACGUCACCGGUGGUCCCGAAGAAGUCGGGCCGGAAGGCGUGUUCAGGAAGAGGAUGUCGGUGUGUCAGGGCUACGCGGAUCUGUACAAGAACAUGUGCAGAUUGGCUGAAGUGAAUUGCGUCACCAUCAGUGGCCGUUCUAAAGGUGGGUCUUACAGAGUGGGCGAUAAGUUCGGUCCUGGUUCUGACCAUGCGUGGAACGCAGUGGAGAUAGACGGGAGGUGGUACCUGCUGGACUGCACCUGGGCCGCCGGAAACACUGACCUUCAGAAGAGGACCUUUGAGUUCAAGUAUAAUGAGCACUACUUUUUUACUGAUCCAGAAGUGUUCAUCACGGACCACCAUCCAAUGGACAAUCAAUGGCAACUGUUAAAAGAGCCAGUGUCCCUUGACAUUUUUGAAAACCAAGUGCGUUUUGAGACCUCAUUUUUCAAACUCGGCCUUUUGCCUAAGUUUCUGAGUCACACCAUGAGCCCAGUUUGUACACAAAAUGGAGAAGCGACCAUUUCUAUCAAAAUCCCUGAACCAAUGGCCUUUAUGUGCCAUUUUUAUCCAUCUGAUGGCGGAUAUGCUCAGAAUGAAAACGUACUGCACGAAAUCGUUGAUAACGUGGCCAUGUUCAAAGUGGCACCAGCUCAAAAGGGACGUUUCAUGUUGCAAAUAUUUGGCAAACUUGGUACUGCCACUGGGCAACAAAACCAAAUCUGCUCGUACAUAAUUGACAGUGCAGGUCCAAUGACUGGCUACUUGCCGUUUCCGCGAUUGAAAACCUCUACAUGGGGUCCUGGUCCAUGGCUCCUUGACCGGUUCAUUUCUGAUAUCAGUCAUCCUAAAGCCAUUAUCACACUCGAUGAAGGAGAUACAAAGCUAACCUUCACGGCCACACGCCUCCUUCACUACAAGUGCGACAUAAAAGAAGAUAUAAUAGAUGAAAACAUGUACCGCAUUUGGGAUAGUCAUGCAUUUUUCGAAGUAGACUGUCAGACAGUUAGCGUCUACGCCAGAGCACCUAAAAUGGGCCAGUUCAUUCUCACAAUCUGGGCAAAAGAAGAAACAGACCAGAAGUAUAGCAAGUGCAUUAACUACCUACUUAAAAGUGAUAAAUGUAAAGCCCAUGUUUCUCCUUACCCCAAGACAUUCAACAAUUGGACAAACGGUUGCCGUCUGUACGAGCCAUUGGAUGGUCGUCUUGCCGCAAACCGGCGCGUUCAUUUCCGGGUCGUCUACCCAAAUGCGGUAGAAGUUGUCGUAAUUGCCACCGGCAAGUGGCACAAACUUGCCAGAAAUGCAGACGGCUCAUGGGAAGGCGAUGCCGACACUGGAGAACAAGGUAAUAUUCUCAAGGUGUCAGCAAAGAUGCCAGGUGACACACAGUACUGGACAGUGCUUCAGUAUGAAGUCAUGGCAUAG